CUCGAUAGAAAACACUGUUUUCUGCAACUUCGCUAUCUCAUUCCUAUUAAGACCCCUGUUUUUCCAGUUAACUUUGGCUGUGAUGUUGGGAAUCAACUGUCUACUGAAAAUCGCCAAUUCAGGUUCCUGACUGACUACAUGAGUCCUUGUCGUUCUAAUUGUCUCCAUCUCACCGUUAACGGCAUUCUUAUGCCAACAGUAUCUUCCUCGAACCUUAAACUCUAAAUCCUCAUCACAUACCCAAAAGAAGAUUAAAAAUGCAGUCUUUGCCCACCUGUAGAUGAAGACGAUUCCUCAAAUCCGUCCGUCAAUGAUCAGACAACGCCAAAAUCAUCACCAUCAAAGAAUGCAGGUGAACAAGAUAGCGACGACAAUUACGGCACAAGCAAACAGAGAAAUUCUUCUGAGUCUACCAAAAAAAGCCAUGACAGCAACAACAAGUUCGGAUAUUGUCCAACAACACAGGUAGUCAAUAAUGAUGGCAUCGUUGUCGUUAUGGAAGAUCAUUCGGACCAGCUGGAUGAAGGCGAUGUGGAUUUGGAUUUGGUGGUGAGGGAUGAAUGCAAUGAAACUCAUGACGAGACAUUAGAGCCAUCCCGUUGUAAUUCGGUGCCUUUGGUGAAAAAAGAAGAUACGUUAACUUAUAAAAGGGCACAUUCGAUAGAAUCUUAUAAACGCCCAGAUGCGAUCACUUGUGCAGAAUCGGUCGAAAUAGAAUGCUUAAUGCAUCGAGCGCAGUUCUUCCUGGCACGAGCAUGUGAAGAAAAUAUCAAGUUAGCGAUGGAAACAUCACUAUGGACAACCCAUCCAUUCAUCGAAAAACUUUUGGCUGAAGCAUAUCGGCGAGCUCCGGUUGUGAUACUAGUUUUCCUUGCACGAAAUGCGAAUCAUUUUGCCGGUUUUGCACGGAUGUGUUCGGAAGCGCUAUACAGAGGUCAACCAGCAAUGAGAUGGAUUGACUUCAAAGGUGGUGGUAAUAUCAGGCUGCAAUGGAUUACAAAAUAUCCGCUUGCACUUAGCGCAAGUGAUCAUAUUAAGAAUCCGUUCAAUAAAGAAAAAGUGAUAUACGCUGCUGCAGAUGGUUGUGAGAUACAGCGUGCUGCGGGUCAGCAGCUCUGCAGCUUAUUCCCAUUUGAUGAUAGUGUUGAUUUGAAAGCACUGAAAAUGAAUAUUCGAGAUAAUUCACAAAAACUACCAUCUUUACUGGAAACUGAAAUAUCGUAUUUAGAAUUCAGAAAUGCGAAGAGGAACCUACCGAUAAAGAAAACACUGAAAGAUUUGUUGAGUGAAGAACGGCCUCCUGCCAUGUUAUUAUCCUCAAACAGACAUGGUAGUCGUAGCGGGAAGAAUUGCGGAACAGAAAGCUAUGGUGCUUCCCGACUGCUUCCACUCAUGGACGUUGCGGUUUCAUACCCUUCGUAUAACACUUCUCGUUUGUCGUCAUCUUUGAGAAAACGUCAUGCAUCGCCAAAGAGGUUAUCACCGAAACAUCGUCCUUUGAUACGCAGUCAUCGUCAUCGUUCCAAACCAUCGGAUUAUGAGAAAAGACAUAGCUUAGAACGACCAUCAGGACACAAAUAUGAUUCUUACUCAGCUCACAGUUCAUCGAAAAGUAGUUGGCGUGAAAAUUCUAGUGAAGAACACGAACUACUUCGAAGACAUCCAAAUCGUCAUCGACACUGACUGUGGUGAGGACGUUUCUUGAGAGAUCGAAAAUGUUCCUUAUGUUGUACUGAUAUUAAUUUCAUUGCUUCGUAUUGCUACACUUGGACAGAGUUGAAAAACAAGAGCAGUAAGAGAAGAAAGAUUUGGAACUUUGUAUUGCUGGGAAAAUGCUGUGCAUGAAAUGUUAGGAAUGCGUAGAGAGUUCCUUUUGGCAUUCCAGCAGUGCUGUAUCCUUUGCUUUCUUUAACGAAUGAUUUACCUCACUGCUAUACAGUUGUUGACUUAUUUUUUUUUUUUUAGAUUGAUAAGCUGGUGGUAACGUUAAAUAUUGAACUUGUAAUAGAAUCAUUUCAGUGAGCUUUUUCCUUUCCACUUGGUCAUGUCUAAUUUGUAAAUAAGUAUAAUAAAUAGUCUUAGACACUUUUCAUC